UCAGAAUGGCACCGGAUGCGAUCGGGACGGCACUGUACGGCGAUAACAACAAUCAGCACGAGAAGGUACAACAGCAGCGCCCCGGCCUGAUGAACGGGUUGCCGAAAAUGGAAAAAUCACCCCUGGUUGCAAAUGGGAAUGUGCCACACACGGUUACGAAAUCGCCCCCGGCGGACGAGGAUCGAUCCGCCCGGCAAUCGCUCAUCAUUCUGGCGGCCAUCUUCUUUACCAGCCUGUUUGCGAUGCUGUACGUGUACGCAAUGUUUCCCGAGCUGGAAGAGUCAGAAAAGCAAUAUCUGAAGGUGCCGUUCGAUAUAGAGGAUGCGAAGCAGCUGGGCCGGGUGCUCGAUCGCUACAAAGAUCUGUACAAUGUGGAGGUGAUGUUUGGCAUCAUAUUGGUGUACAUAUUUCUUCAAACGUUUGCCAUUCCCGGUUCGUUGUUCCUAUCGAUACUGAGCGGCUUCCUGUACAGUUUCCCGGUCGCCCUCACGCUCGUCUGCUUCUGUUCCGCGCUGGGCGCAACACUUUGCUAUCUGCUGUCGCAGCUGGUUGGCCGGCGGCUGGUGAAGUACUACUUUCCCGAGCGGGCUCACCACUGGGCGGCCCAGGUCGACCGGCACCGGGACGAUCUGCUUAGCUACAUGCUGUUCCUGCGCAUGACACCGUUCCUGCCGAACUGGUUCAUCAACCUAGUCGCGCCGGUAAUCGGCGUACCGCUGUACCCGUUCGCGCUCGGCACAUUCCUCGGCGUCGCGCCACCCUCGUUCAUCGCGAUCCAGGCAGGCAAAACGCUGUACAAGAUGACCAGCUCGAGCGACGCGUUCAGCUGGGGCUCGAUCGCGAUGCUGGCCGCGUUCUCGGUCGUGGCGCUCGUGCCGGUUAUCUUUAAGCGUUACUUUAAGGCAAAGAUUGACUAAAGCGGGAAAAUGGGUGAUCUAUGUAUGUAUUACUGCAUUGCUAAAACUACUACGGGGCUGGGACAAGCUAAAUUCUUGCACGACGUGUAAAAUGGGGGCCUACGCCGAUAGCUUAAUAGCUGUAGCCAAAGAAAGAGGGAGAG